GGACAGGAGGACGUAUUUCCGGAAUCCUCAACGAGCGUUACGUUCCGAUGUCACGUGUUGUUGCGCGGUGACGUGUCGCUCAGUGAUUGGCCGCUGGGAGCCGGAAAGAUGGCGGGAAGAAGGCUGUGGGGGAGGGUCGGCGGGGUGUCGGGGGCUCUGGCCGUAGGGGCCGCGGCAUAUGGAGCACACGGUGAGCAGCUGGCCCCCGGGAAUAACCCCGUGUGGGGGGGAGGGGGAUACCAUCACACUGACUGUAUAGGAGAUAUUAUCACCUGCCAUGCUACAAUAAUAAUAAUAAUAAUAAUAUAAUAAUAUAAAUAAUAAUAAUAUAAUAAUAUAAUAAUAUAAAUAUAUAAUAAUAUAAAUAUAAUAAUAAUAAUAUAAAUAUAUAAUAAUAUAAAUAUAAUAAUAAUAAUAAUAUAAUAAUAAUAUAAAUAAUAAUAUAAUAUUAAUAAUAAUAAAAUAGGGGGGCGGAGCCUAGCACCGGACCGGAGCGGAAGCACAUUGCCGGAGCUCCGAGCUACCGCACGGCAAUCCAGCCACAUCGGAGGCAUCCCGCACUAAUCCCGGCCACAUAAUCAGCCACAGCCCGCAGGGAACCUCGCUGCAACCGCCGAUGCCGUUUCUCCUGAUGCCCGGCUCGAAAAAUAGACGCCGAGGCGGCAAGGCCUACCGGGCAGGGAGGCAACCUCAACCCAGCACGGGAGAACACUGGCCCUGGAGUGUCCCAGAAUUUGAGGACUGGUACCCCAGCACACACAGCUCAGGUGAGAUGGGGCGCAGAACGCAGAAACUGCCCCAAAACCGCAGCGCGACAUAGGCCAAAUGUUACAGGCCCCAAGCGCAGUAAAGGCACAGACCCCCCGUGAAACCUCCCCUGCACCAUCAGAGGAGGAAGAAUCACUAGACAGCCCACACCUCAAUCCCCAACACCCCACACACACGUGGAUGCCAGAAGCCAGCGCACCGGCCUCCAAACAAGACAUACAGGCUAUGCUGACAGGCCUGCAACAGAACUUAAGACAAAUGUGGGAAGUGGACCUGGCAGUGCUUAAACUAGAUGUGCACGCCGUGUCCACACGCACACAAGCGGUAGAAGAGGAGGUAAAGGGACUAAGAGGGAACUACCAGGAAUUGGGAGAGACGGUGCGACACCUUCAAGCUGCACAAGCAACAAUGUCCAGGCAAGUUACUCUCCUAGAUGAUAGGGGGCGUCGAAAGAACAUAAAAAUCCGAAGGGUACCUGAAUCAAUACCGCUGGAAGAGUUGCCACAUUUCAUCAGACGCCUUGUGGCCACACUCCUGCCAACUAGACAAUCUAAAACGUUCCAGUUCGACGGGGUUUACAGGAUAGCCAAAUCCCCACAAGCACCCAACUCAGCCCCAAGGGACAUAAUAUUGAGAUGCCAAUCAAUGUUGGACAAACUGAGGCUAAUGGCAGCUAUGCAAGGGAAAACACCUCUUGACUUUGAAGACAGCAAACUCUCCUUCUUUCAGGACUUGAGCAGGGCCACACUGAUGUGGCGCAAAAGUAUGCAACCAAUCACCAAACAACUCCAAGCCGCAGGAGUAGCCUAUAGAUGGGCAACACCAGGAACUCUCUGGGUCACUAAAGAUGACAAGCGCUACAGAGCUACCGACCACGCAGAGGGCCCGGCACUGAUGACCGCAUUGGGAAUAUCGAACCUCGCAGCGACCUCUAUGACACAGCCGGCUCAACGACCAGGGACAACGAGCACAGAUUCAUCCGCAACUCCUGGAAUAAGCAGAGGACCGAAAACCAAAACCUGAACGAACUGCCUCACCGACGGCCUCAUAGGCCUUAGUUUCACUAGUUUAAAUAUUUUAAGUUGAUACAUCGGUUCAUUUAAGUUAAAUGUAGCUCUCUCACAUUCUGACGGCUAUAACAGUGCUAAAGUGGCCCACCAGAGCCGCGCACACUAGCCCCGAUAACAAUCCCCCCCCCCCUCCCUUGGGUUAAUGGGAAACGACAUCAAAGGCGACAUAGUAACCCUGACUGGAAUCAGGCUCAUCGCGAGGUCUGAUGCCCCAAGGGCACAACUUGAUCCGGUCACACUACAGCGACCUAUGUAUAUACAUAGACACAAUUUGAAGUUACCACUAGGGCCACAAAGACACCCUGAGCACCACACACAUGGGCACCCACCAAUAGCUACAACCAGGGAAAAGCAAAAGAGGAGCGGACAUAGUCCUAGACAGGCACCAUUAGAGGGACCCCGUAACUACCGCAAUCCGCAUCCUUACCCAAACUCAAAAGGGUCAAGAGACUCACCCAACACCCAUAAACUAUAGUCGCACGACCUAGAAUUGGGACCAGCCACUGGACCUAGCAGUAAAUGCCUUUCCCCCCCCCCACCUACGACUCCACAGACCUUAGGGUGUCUUAGGCAGACAGAAGUCUUCCACCCCUACAGUUAUUAGAUUUUAAAACCUCACUGUAACAAUGUGACCUAUUGUAAAUAUAAAAUGUGUGUGAAUAGCACACAACAAUGCCUUGUAUUUGAUAUGUACUGAUUCUAAUCGAUGUGUCGAGGCUGUUGUGGCCAACUUCCUGAAUGUUAUCUUUCCACAUGAAAAAUAAAGAUUUAUAAAAAAAAAAAAAUAAUAAUAAUAAAAUAAUAAUAUAAAUAUAUAAUAAUAUAAAUAUAUAAUAAUAUAAUAAUAUAAAUAAUAUAUAAUAAUUAAAAUAAUAAUUAUAAUAAUAAUAAUAUAAAUAUAAUUAUAAUAUAAUAAUAUAAUAAUAUAUAAUAAAAUAUAAAUUAUAAUAUAAUAAUAAUAAUAAUAAUAUAAAUAAUAAUAAUAAAAUAAUAUUAUAUAAAUAUAAUAAUAAUAUUAAUAAUGGGUCAGAUAUCACCUGCUAUAGAAUAUCAUUAUUAAUAAUAUAUAACUAUAAUAAUAUAAAUAUUAAACAAUUAUAAUAUAUAUUAUAAUGGGUCAGAUACCACCUGCUAUAGAAUAAUAUAUAUUAAUAUAAUGGGUCAGAUAUAACCUGCUAUAGAAUAUCAUUAAUGAUAAAUAUAUAAUAAUAUUAUAAUGGGUCAGAUAUCACCGGCUAUAGAAUAAUAAUAAUAUAAUGGGUCAGAUAUCACCGGCUAUAGAAUAAUAAUAAUAUAAUGGGUCCGAUAUCACCGGCUAUAGAAUAAUAAUAAUAUAAUGGGUCAGAUAUCACCUGCUAUAGAAUAGUAAUAUAUAAUAAUAUAAUGGGUCAGAUAUCACCUGCUAUAGAAUAUCAUUAAUGAUAAAUAUAUAAUAUUAUAAUGGGUCAGAUAUCACCGGCUAUAGAAUAAUAAUAAUAUAAUGGGUCAGAUAUCACCGGCUAUAGAAUAAUAAUAAUAUAAUGGGUCAGAUAUCACCGGCUAUAGAAUAAUAAUAAUAUAAUGGGUCAGAUAUCACCGGCUAUAGAAUAAUAAUAAUAUAAUGGGUCAGAUAUCACCGGCUAUAGAAUAAUAAUAAUAUAAUGGGUCAGAUAUCACCUGCUAUAGAAUAGUAAUAUAUAAUAAUAUAAUGGGUCAGAUAUCACCUGCUAUAGAAUAUCAUUAAUGAUAAAUAAUAAUAUUAUAAUGGGUCAGAUAUCACCGGCUAUAGAAUAAUAAUAAUAUAAUGGGUCAGAUAUCACCUAGAAUAGUAAUAUAUAAUAAUAUAAUAUAUCACCGCUAUAGAAUAAUAUAAUGGGUCAGAUAUCACCGGCUAUAGAAUAAUAAUAAUAUAAUGGGUCAGAUAUCACCGGCUAUAGAAUAGUAAUAUAUAAUAAUAUAAUGGGUCAGAUAUCACCGGCUAUAGAAUAGUAAUAUAUAAUAAUGGGUCAGAUAUCACCGGCUAUAGAAUAAUAAUAAUAUAAUGGGUCAGAUAUCACCGGCUAUAGAAUAAUAAUAUUAUAAUGGGUCAUAUCACCGGCUAUAGAAUAAUAAUAAUAUAAUGGGUCAGAUAUCACCGUCUAUAGAAUAAUAAUAAUAUAAUGGGUCAGAUAUCACCUGCUAUAGAAUAGUAAUAUAUAAUAAUAUAAUGGGUCAGAUAUCACCUGCUAUAGAAUAGUAAUAUAUAAUAAUAUAAUGGGUCAGAUAUCACCGGCUAUAGAAUAGUAAUAUAUAAUAAUAUAAUGGGUCAGAUAUCACCGGCUAUAGAAUAGUAAUAUAUAAUAAUAUAAUGGGUCAGAUAUCACCUGCUAUAGAAUAAUAAUAUAUAAUAAUAUAAUGGGUCAGAUAUCACCUGCUAUAGAAUAUCAUUAAUGAUAAAUAUAUAAUAAUAUUAUAAUGGGUCAGAUAUCACCGGCUAUAGAAUAUCAUUAAUAAUAUAAAUAUAUAAUAAUAAUUUGUGAUUAUUGUCAGUGAGACAGCCACUAGAGGCUUGAUUAACACUCAGUGUAAACUUAGUUUCUCUAAAACGGUUUUCAGCUGCAGGGUUAAAAUUAGGGGGACCUGGCACUUCAUUGAGCUGAAGUGGUCUGGGUGCCUAUAGUGGUCCUUUAAAUUUGUCUCUUGUGGCUAACUGGGAAGUUUGAUUUUUGGAAGGAUGGAUUUAACCUGUUAAAAGUACUUAUUCAGUACAAAUUAAGUGGGUGAAUGAAAGUGGUGUCUGGCACAUGUGGUCAUAUUGCCGUAUGCUGCAAUGCUUUACCUAUUGUGUUUAAUGCAUCGCUAGCAAUUACCGAGGGCAUUCAUUUAUAGAUAUUGCAGAGAUUGGUCUUUCAGCCAACUUUACUAAUACUAAGUAAAGAUUACUUAGUAUUCAUAAAUUCUGCCCCUACUAGCUAUAUAAACCCUCACAAGUGGAGGCUACUAAACCGAACAGGAGACCUAUUGCCCCCUGUGGCGAAAGUAACCUCGCCGCUUGUACUUGGAGGGGUCUGCUUGCCAGCCUCCUGCCCACAUACUAUGGGCCCUGCAGAGAAACCUGUAAAAGACUACCGAACAUGACUGACUGUUAACCCUGAUUUCCCUGAAACUGUUUUGGGCAUAGGGCCAUGUGCACGGUCUGUCAAAACUGACUUCCAGGCAGUGGCGUACACAUGACCCAUGGGGCCCCUGUGCAAAAAUUGAUCCGUGGGCCUCCCUCCCCCCCGCGCGCUUACUCGGCGCGGGUCGGGGUCGCAACACAUGGUGGCGGGCACCUGGUCGCAGGGGUUGCAGGGCUGCGACCGCGGUAUGCACACACACUUAAAGGACCGCUACAGACACUCAGAUCACAUCAGCUCAAUGAAGUGGUCUGGGUGCCAGGUCCCUCUAGUUUUAACCCUGCAGCUGAAAACAUAGCAGUUUCAGAGAAACGGCUAUGUUUCACUGAGGGUUAAUCCAGCCUCUGGUGACUGUCUCAUUGACAGCUGCUAGAGGAGCUUCCGCGAUUCUCACUGUGAAAAUCACAGUGAAAAGACACUGAACGUCCAUAGGAAAGCAUUGAGUAAUGCUUUCCUAUGGGCGGUUUAAAUGCGCGCGCGCGCCUCUUGCCGCGCAUGUGCAUUUCGGAGCUGAGUGGCGGACACUGGGGAGUCCGACGCUGGAGAAAGGUAAAUGCUGAAGACACACACACACACUCUCACGAACAGACGCAUACACACUAGCUAACAGACACACAUUUACUGACAGAGACACACUCAGUGACAGACAUACAUACACACUCACUUACAAAACAUACACUUUCACUGACAAACACACACUCACUAACAGACAUCAAACACACUCAGUAACACACACAGUAACACACUCACUAGCAUACACACACCCAAUAACAGACACAUUCACUGACACACACACUAACACGCACUAACACACACUCUAACACUAACACACACAUUUUUUUUUUUUCAAAUUUAAUCCCCCCAGCCUCCUUACCUUUUGGAGUGCUGGGGGGAUUCCCUGGGGUCCAGUGGUGGUGCUGCUGGGCUCCUGGACGGGCUGCCUGGCCGGCCGGCGCGCAAGGGAGCACUUUCCCCUGAGUGCUCCCUCGCGCGCCCGCCUGCCUGCCCGACCGGCCACCCGCCCGGUGACAGCAGGGCCAGCCUCGGGGGGCCCUGGGGUGGUCGGCUCCUGGGCCCCCCAGGAGAAGAGGCUGGCCCUGUGGCUACAUACCGGGUCGCAGGGGCGGCCGGGCCCCCUGGUGGGCCGGGCCCGGUCGCAGCCGCGACCCUGGUAUGUACGCCACUGCUUCCAGGAAAUUCCUGAACCGAUCUGGAUCAUUUUUGGAUAUGUUGUUCACCCAGAUCAGAUUUAUGGGGAUAUGUUGUGUUUUGGGGUACUUAUGGGACUUUGUAAAAUAUGUGGGUUUUUUUGCCUGGGGAUAAUUGGGUUAAUACAGUACUUAAUUAUCUCACAGGCAGAGGGAGGGAUUGUAUGUUUGUUAUGGUAGUGUUGUACAUUUAAUUACUGUUGUGAUUGGUUUGUAAGGUCCAUGGGGUUUUAUGUGGUUUAAGGUACUUUUAAGGGUUUAAUAAGACUGUAUGUUUUUCUGUGCUUGGAGAAAAUUGGGUUAGAUUAGUACAGUUCCUGAUUCAAUUAUCUCCCAAGAACAGAGGAGGGAUUCUGUUGUUUGUGUAUGGGAGUGUCUCACUGUAUGACUAUUUUUAUUGGUUUAUUCACUUUGUGUCGCUGUGCCUAACAAGGUCCACCUGGGUGUCACCCUUGUUGGGAAACUUGCAUAAGAGGCCAGUGUGCCUCCAUUAAAAUUCUGUUCCUGCUUACUAGACAUGUGCAAUUAGUUUCCGUACGAAUAUGAAUUUGGACAUUCGGGUACUUCUGAAUUGCCGAAGUUCUGAAAUUACAGAAUUUCCAAAGUUGCUGAAGCACAGAAUUGCCUAAGUACUAAUAUACUUACCCAGUGAGAGAAGGAGAAUGUUACAUUGUAUACAAUUUUAAAUAAAAAGUAUACAAACAUAGCCAGGAUUCAGCUGUAAGCAUUUGCAACACUUACAACAAUCAAGUAACAUACAUUCAUAUAAAAUGUAAGUUACUUAGCCAGUCAAUGUAAUUACAGGAAUGAAUAAGUAGAUAACUCCCUAAUUCCCACGGUUGGUCGGAGUGGCAGGCGGUCUGUCACAUCCUGGUCCCCACCCCUGAGCGGUGGAUGGGGGUCCUAAAUGACAGUGCUGUGUAAUUUGACUCAUAGCAACACUCUGGUGUUUAACUGGGCAUGCGCGAGAAUUUUGCAGCAUUAUCUAGUGUGGGCAGAUGAUGUGUUCCACAGGGACUUCAUCUACCCACACAAAGAUGGCGGCACCUAGGCCCAGGCACAAAAUAAAGAUGCAAAAUUAGGUAAUAUGGGGGGCUUAGGGGCUUUUGGGGGUGACUAGGGGCAUAAUUAGAUGUAGUGGAGUCGGAAGGGGUUUUAAAAAAAAAAACAGGAUUUGGUAAUGACCGUGCCGCUUUAAGUACUUCAGCAUUAUAUCUGACAUUUUCUAGAAAGCCCUUUUCUGAUUUGGAAGCUGGUGUCCUUGCACACCCUGUCCUCGUACAGUUUGGGGAUAUCCAGGAAUUAAUUCCCAGAGCACAGCUUAAUCUGCUGUUUGGCUGUGGCCACAUGUGAUGCUGAUCCAGGAAUAUUAAGAUGUGUAUUACCCGCUGUGUUCUGUCCCCCGAGGACGGGAACGUGGGAAGCAUGGGAGGCAGUAAAUGUGUUCAUAACACUACUGAACCAGUUAAAAAUCACACAAGAAGUAAGCUUAAUCAAUGUAAACUUUUUUUUUUUAUACCUGUGACAAGUCCAUAUUUAAUGUAAUUUAUUCACAUUGUAAUAGGGUGAGUGAUAUUCUUUGAUUUGCGUAAAUUAAACUACUGUAAACGAGUUUAUUCCUUUCCCAUCAUGAAUGCUGAAAGGUAUCUGAAGGGAGUUCAGUUGUGAGAUAGAUAGAUAGAGAUAGAUAUCUAUAUUCAAAAUACAGUUAGAAUAAAAUGACAUAUUAAAAAAAUUUUUUUUUUACCUUUUCUUUUUAAUUUACAUUUUAUAAUAUGUAUAUAUUAAUAUAAAAAUACACUUAGUAUGAUAGAGAUACUGUUCACGUAGUCAGCACUAUGGAUGCUGUGACAAACUCACCUUUUUUUCCCACGAGUUCUUGGAGGGGACUACUUGCCAGCCUUUUACCCUGUGACUAUGGCCCCUGCAAUAGAACUGGCUAACAUACUUCAAACAGGCUAUGUUCGUGCGGUUGGGACUAUAUGGUUCGUUUACUGAACAACCGCACGAACAGAGACCACCCUGGAGCUUGUUAACACCUACUAACAACUUGGAACGUUUCUCACCGCAGUGUUCUAAUUGUUCGUCUGGGUGGCCGCGAUUCCUUUGAACAACCACAAGGUGGCGGCCAUCUUGUUCGCAUGAAUGCAGGCAGCGGUGUUUGGGCAUAAAUCUCAUGGAACUGAAAUUGGAUACAGAAACUCCCGAACACCGCUGGACUUCCAUCAUCGCCUGCAUUCGUUUCUAUGCAGCUUAGAAGGGCACUGUUCAGUGAAAUCAUUUGUCUGGAUAAAGGGAACAAGCUCCAGGGUAAGACUAUUGACUCAGUUUGGUAGUUUGUUCGUUUGCAAACUACUUAACUAGACCGGCCGCAAGCUCUGAUUCUCUUGAACUGCUUUGGGCAUGAAACCAUGCCUGCGGUUGGUCAAAAAGAGACUUCCUGGAAUUUCCUGAAUCCCUGCUCUGAUCUGGGUGAUUUUUGGAUAUGUCGUUUACCCAGAUCAGGGCUAUCAGGGGAUGUGUUGUACUUUGGGGUACUUUAUAAAAAAUGUUUUUUUCUGUCUAGGGAUAAUUGUUAUUAUAUUAUCUACCUUACUGGUAUCACAGGCAGAGGGGAGGGAUUGUGUACUGUAUGUGGGAGUGCCGUUCAUUGUUACAUUGUUUUGAUUGGCUUGUAUACUUUGUGUCCUGUGCCCAACAAGGUCCACCUGGGCGUCAACCUUGUUGGGAAACUUGUAUAAAAGGCAGCGUGCCUCCAUUAAACUUAUAUUUUCCAGCUUAUACUCCAAAACGGUGUGCCCUCCUGUUAUUGGAGGGAAAGAAGAUUUACUCCUGUGUCUGCUGUUCCAGCUUGCAGGAGACUCAACGGUGAAAGUCCUUGUAAGGACUAGAGCUAAUUCCCUAUUCGAUUCCAGAGCUCCCAGGACUGAGUGUCGUCCAGUGCCUGGGGGUGUCAGAGCUAGUUCCCCAUUCGGCUCCAGGAAGGAGGUGGUAGUUCCAGGACCCCAGUCAAGCCACGGCAACUUGAGGGCAAGAGUGCUGAGGUUUUACCCGCUGUUCCAGCUAGGAACGGACCUUGGCGGAGGUACCCAGUCGGGGUACCAGGUGAUCUUUUACAGAUGCCUAUUGCGGCUUUCAGAACGAUCACAUGGCCCGCGGGGGCUUAAUAUGCAGAGGGGGGACUGUCUGGACUGUCAGGCAGUCCCCCCAAACCGGAAGCAAUACUGAUCACUGGCAGGGCACUGGAGAAAAUCUGGUAAGUAUAAGGAUGGCUCAUAUUUGCCGUAGACAUACAAGGUACGUCCGCGGUCCUAAGGACCACUUUUUGUCGGACGUACCUUGUACGUCUGCGUUCCUUAAGCGGUUAACAGAGUAAAGAGAUUUAUUUACCUUUAGUCCAUCGGUGUGCCAGUGUCGAUCUUGCUUCCUUGGCUGAGAUCCUCAAUCUUCCCCAUUGGCAAAUCACUGUGCAAAUCAGCAUCUUCUCGUGGAGAUGUAUUGAAUCUUGCAAAGAUUGCAGGACCUCGUCCGGGAAGUCCCUUUAGAGGCCGUCUGAGUGACAGCCCUUAGAGGUGGCCAUGGGCAGCGAUGUAAACGCUGCUUUCUCUGUGUACAAUGCUCAACCUGCAGGGACAGGCUGCAGUCCUUCUGGUGACUAUAGUGUCCAUUUAACUGGUAAAGGAAUCUCGGGUUCCUCUCAGUGGAUCAUGUACAGUUACUGCUCUGACAUGGACCUGCUCAAUUUACAUGGCACCAGCCUCCAAGCAUCAUGGGAGAAGGUGUCCAUUAUGUGUAUUUGAAUUAAAAAAAAAUAUAUUUUUUCCUAAUUUCUGUCUUUCUUUAUGGCAGGUCUCAGACAGAGUAAUGCAGAUGACUACCUGAAGGAGGUGAUUAUAUUGCUUUAUAUAUUUAUAUUACCAAGAUGUUUUUUAUUAAUAUUAUCUAGGUGGAAAACAGAAGAAAUAAGGUAAGCCAAAUAAUAUUGGUACACAGAUAGAAGGGGGGUAACCCCAAAUGUAAGCUAUAUAUUUUGAGAAAAGGUAGUGUACCAAGAAGGGAGCUGGGAUGGGUAACAAAUGCAAAGGAAACAUUAUACACCCAGAUAAAGGAAAAUAUCAUCAUAUGUGAAAAAUAAAAAAAUCGAAUAAAAUUGCCCAACGACAAAUCCCAUGGAGUUCAUGUGCCGUUCGAGUUUUAUUUUCCUUUAUCUGGGUGUAUGUUUCCUUUGCUUGUUACCCAUCCCAGCUCCCUUCUUGGUACACAACCCUUUUUCAACAUAUAUUAUCUAGAUAUUUCUAUUGUCAUUGUUAUGCAGAUUGUAAUAUAUAUUACUCAGAUUAUAAUCUCUUUAUAGAGGAUAUUUAUUUGUUAUUUAGAUAAUCCGCUAUCACCCAUAUUUUAAUUAUUCUAAACAAUCUAUAUUCAGACUGGGCGCUGGAAGUGAAUGCGUGUAAAUUACUGAUUAAUAUUGAAAUUCCCUUUAAUUCCUCACAGUUCUCUCUUUCGGUAAAACCUGGUGUUCAUGGCCUCUGAUUGUCCCUCCGCUCCCAUUCUUCCCAUCAUAAUAUUGAUGGGUGCUCGACAUAGCGGAGUUAGGAUGAUGGGUUUUAUUGCGUACGUCUGGGUACUUCAGGGCAGUGUUAAUUUUGUCGAGUAACAAUUUUAGUCAACUAAAUUUUGUUUGACUAAAAUACCACUAAAACUAAAAUGUCUUUUUAGGCAAAAUUAACACUGCUUCAGGGAAAAACUAAUUCAUAAACUAUAAAAACCUUCUAGUCACACAGUAACUGCGGGGAGAAUCUUCUCCUAUAAAGGCUGUUUGUACCAGGUAAUAUCUCGUACAGAAAGGCUGUUUGGUAGGAUAGCGUGUAAAAGGUAAUAUCUCGUACAGAAAGCCUGUUUGGUAGGAUAGCGUGUACCAGGUAAUAUCUCGUACAUAAAGGCUGUUUGGCAGAAUAGUGUGUACCAGGUAAUAUCUCGUUCAGAAAGGCUGUUUGGUAGGAUAGUGUGUACCAGGUAAUAUCUCGUACAUAAAGGCUGUUUGGCAGAAUAGUGUGUACCAGGUAAUAUCUCGUUCAGAAAGGCUGUUUGGUAGGAUAGUGUGUACCAGGUAAUAUCUCGUACAGAAAGGCUGUUUGGUAGGAUAGCAAGUACCAGGUAAUAUCUCGUACAGAAAGGCUGUUUGGUAGGAUAGCGUGUAAAAGGUAAUAUCUCGUACAGAAAGCCUGUUUGGUAGGAUAGCGUGUACCAGGUAAUAUCUCGUACAUAAAGGCUGUUUGGCAGAAUAGUGUGUACCAGGUAAUAUCUCGUACAGAAAGGCUGUUUGGUAGGAUAGUGUGUACCAGGUAAUAUCUCGUACAGAAAGGCUGUUUGGUAGGAUAGCAAGUACCAGGUAAUAUCUCGUACAGAAAGGCUGUUUGGUAGGAUAGCAAGUACCAGGUAAUAUCUCGUACAGAAAGGCUGUUUGGUAGGAUAGUGUGUACCAGGUAAUAUCUCGUACAGAAAGCCUGUUUGGUAGGAUAGCGUGUACCAGGUAAUAUCUCGUACAUAAAGGCUGUUUGGCAGAAUAGUGUGUACCAGGUAAUAUCUCGUACAGAAAGGCUGUUUGGCAGAAUAGUGUGUACCAGGUAAUAUCUUAUACUCCUCGAGGGGCGAUAUAAGCCAUGACGCCCUCCCACCCAGUGAGAGGUGGAGCCAGUAAGGAUUGCAAUGGACACAUGUGACCCCAACUCCCCAGAAACACGAGGUCUGUGCACAUACAUCAUCACCGAUUUAUACAGCAUCAUAUUAAUGCAUCAUAUUAAUGUUUUAAGUAACCGGCUUCCAGAGAUCCCAUAGAACUUUUACACAGAGCAAAUAACGCCUGUACAAACGAGCUGUGUGUGGCAUGAAGUGUAGAUAUCAUUCCUCACACACCGUAGGUCACACAGUAUGGGGGAAACAAGAUAGUUAAACAGAGGCCCUGGUGCUUAAGAGGUUAACGCGCUGAGUUUAGAGAGACUCUUUCCUUGCCAUGGUGAGGUCUUUGCGGCCCCCGAAUUCCCCACACCGCCUCUGUAUUGUGUAAACACUGCAUUGUUUGCGAGGCUUCCAUUCAUGCGAGCGCCUGCAUUGUAAAUGGACAAUCAGGAAUGGCUGCCUAAGCGUGAAUACUCUGUAAGGAAGUGCCGGGCGGCCUGGGCUCAUGGUUUGGGGGAUUAUCUCUGAUUACACCAAUUUACUCAUCUCUCUUCUCUUUCCACAGCUUUUUGCUACUGCGAACCAAUAUCACUUCCUGCACAGCCUGGCUCUACUGGCUGUCCCUCACUGCAGGCGCCCCCUGCUGGUACGUGGACUCUAUUACACCAUGCAAGGACAAUAUUAGAUAAUUAGGUACAGAUAAUCCAGUGGUGUGAGUGUCUCACGGUUUAUCCAUAAUUUUGAUAAAAAAUUUAAUACAAAUACCCCACUGAUUUUUUUUUAUUAUUUUUUUUAAUUGUUCAAUGUAAACGUCAGUGAUGCAGAACAUUAAAUUGCUAAAGUGUCCAGAACCCCCUUUCUCUAUAAUAAACCCUCCAAGUAUCUUUUUAAAAUACAUGAUUUCUAUUUGUUUUUACAUUUGCGAUUAAGUUAAGGCUAGACUUCUUUUCAUUUUAGGGAAGCACCAUGACAUACAUUUUCCCAUGCUGCCUGGGAUUAUUGAGAGCUGCUGAUUUUUGAUUCUCAUAAUUUGCCCCUUUCGGCAUAAGAGAGGAUCUGGGGAGAGAGAAUUGCACUGUCUCCGCAGCUCUCCUCCUGGCAGGUCAUUAUCGGGAGUCUGGACAAUUUAAUGGCGGCAAUUGCAAUAACCCAGCUGCUUCCACUGAAAUCAGAGGUCCUCACACGGCAGCAUGUCUGUCGCAUGUCCUGCCAUGAAUCCCGAUAUCGUUUACACCCCAAAAACAUAAACCCUAACUUGAUAAAUUUAAGUGAUAAUCUAACAAUUAGACAAAGUAUUCCACAAGCUGAUCAAUACCCACAGGGUUUGGGAGCUGAUCAGUGCCCAUAGGGUUCAGGAGUGAGAGAAUCCAUACGUUGCAGGCAAUGACACUCCUAUAUCCCCCCACAGAUUGUACUGUAACUCCGUGUGAUACCAGCCCCAUUGCUCUAUCAAUCAUUCUGUAUCAUGCUCUGCUUGGGAAGGUGAAUUGAAAUGAACAAGUAGUUGUAGACUCCCAUGCCGGAGUGCCUGUAAGCACCGGAAGUGUGAAGGAAAGCAGUGGGUCUGAAUGUGUUGUCUGCAUGCUACUUAGUAACCCCAUGCUGCCGCGAUGGCAUAGAGCGAAGUUAGCUACAGAAACUAAAUGUGCUACAGAAGUACAGAGCUUAUUCUGUCAGGGUACAGAUUUUACGUACGUCUUUUACAAAAAACAAAAAUGACAAAUUCUGCAUUGGAGAGUAAAUUGAAUUACAGCUUUACAAAUACAAAAAGAAAAGUCCUGCGCUCACUCCCAUAACUCCUGGGCAUCAGCAACGACUACAGUACACAUCAGCCCCAAUAUAUAGUAAAAUCCAAAGGAAAAAAGGUUACCUGCACUCUCUCCUUAUUCCCUAUGUAUAUUUAAACAAAUGGAGGUCAUUUAGUUACUCCAAUGGCCACUGGAGGGAAUGCUCGCCUGCCAACGUCAAGGCAGACCCCCCUAGACGGGUCCUACUCUGACCCUUUACCUUGCUUCCUUGAGCUUCUGGCAAAGAGAUCUGAGACAGUAGGGGGUAUUUUUUAUAUACGUCCCUAUAUACUUGUUAACCCUUAAUAGGGAACACAUGGGAUGGGCGUCAGCAUUGUAACAAGGCUGUGUGAUACAAAAGUGAAAAGGGAAUAGAGAGUCUGCACCUCUAAAACAGGUAAAUACCCCUUUCUGUCUCAUUAGAGAUAUCUUUGCCAGAAGCUCAAGGAAUCAGGCUGAAGGGUCAGAGUAGGACCCGUCUAGGGGGGUCUGCCUUGACGUUGGCAGGCGAGUAUUCCCUCCAGUGGCCAUUGGAGUAACUAAAUGACCUCCAUUUGUUUAAAUAUACAUAGGGAUUAAGGAGAGAGCGCAGGUAACCUUUUGUUUGGUUUUUACUAUAAAUUACAGCUUUCCCAACGUCAGUCUUGUUUUACAGCCCAGAAAGCAGAGGUUGCGUGUGCUGUAUUUUGUCGUUUUAUGAAGUAUGGAUGUUAAGGUGUCGCUUGUCUAUCUGAUGGUGCAGGGAAUGAUAUAAAGCAUAAUAAGUGUUACGCAGGAUUGGGAGUAAUGUGAUUCCAUAUUCAGUAUAACAAUAAAAGAUUCCCUGGGGACGCCCAUUCAUUUUUGGCUUUCUGUGUGUGUUAGUGCAAUAUUUACGUCAUUCCAGUUUUUGGUUUUACUCUGCGAUUGUCUGUAUCCCCAUCUCUUAUGCCACAUAUUUCUGUUGUACACAAGGAAUUGUGCAAGCUGUCCUUCUAGUUAAUAUUUCCAUAUUCAUCACUGGGUGCUUUGUGUUCUAUUCAUGUUACACAUGUUGGUUUGUGUUUUUGUUAUCCCGGGCUCUGCUCUUCCAGCCAAGUCCUCCUAUUUACACAGUGUGACUGCACAGCCCUUGUUUUGUACAUUAGCUGAUUCUAAAGCAUUAAUAGGUCUUCUCCAGAUAGUAAGCGUAGAUAUAGCAUAUUCAAUAAAAUAUCCCUCCACUGGUAUUAAGGGGCCUUUCUGAGCUAUUACAAUAGUCCCAGACUUUUAAUUCUCCUGCAGUUUGCAUUGUGUAUUAUACAGCCUGGCAUAGCACCACUCAUCGCUUUCUACCAUACCAGCCCCUAAGCAUUGUGUAUUAUACAGCCUGGCAUAGCACCACUCAUCGCUUUCUACCAGCCAGCCCUAAGCAUUGUGUAUUAUACAGCCUGGCAUAGCACCACUCAUCGCUUUCUACCAUACCAGCCAGCCCUAAGCAUUGUGUAUUAUACAGCCUGGCAUAGCACCACUCAUCGCUUUCUACCAUACCAGCCAGCCCUAAGCAUUGUGUAUUAUACAACCUGGCAUAGCACCUCUCAUCGCUUUUUACCAUACCAGCUCUAAGCAUUGUGUAUUAUACAGCCUGGCAUAGCACCACUCAUCGCUUUCUACCAUACCAGCCCUAAGCAUUGUGUAUUAUACAGCCUGGCAUAGCACCACUCAUCACCAUACCAGCCAACCCUAAGCAUUGUGUAUUAUACAACCUGGCAUAGCACCUCUCAUCGCUUUUUACCAUACCAGCUCUAAGCAUUGUGUAUUAUACAGCCUGGCAUAGCACCUCUCAUCGCUUUCUACCAUACCAGCCCUAAGCAUUGUGUAUUAUACAGCCUGGCAUAGCACCACUCAUCACCAUGCCAGCCAGCCCUAAGCAUUGUGUAUUAUACAGCCUGGCAUAGCACCACUCAUCGCUUUCUACCAUACCAGCCAGCCCUAAGCAUUGUGUAUUAUACAGCCUGGCAUAGGUACCACUCAUCGCUUUCUACCAUACCAGCCAACCCUAAGCAUUGUGUAUUAUACAACCUGGCAUAGCACCACUCAUCACCAUACCAGCCAGCCCUAAGCAUUGUGUAUUAUACAGCCUGGCAUAGCACCACUCAUCACCAUACCAGCCAGCCCUAAGCAUUGUGUAUUAUACAACCUGGCAUAGCACCUCUCAUCGCUUUUUACCAUACCAGCUCUAAGCAUUGUGUAUUAUACAGCCUGGCAUAGCACCACUCAUCGCUUUCUACCAUACCAGCCCUAAGCAUUGUGUAUUAUACAGCCUGGCAUAGCACCACUCAUCACCAUACCAGCCAGCCCUAAGCAUUGUGUAUUAUACAGCCUGGCAUAGCACCACUCAUCGCUUUCUACCUUACCAGCCCUAAGCAUUGUGUAUUAUACAGCCUGGCAUAGCACCACUCAUCACUUUCUACCAGCCAGCCCUAAGCAUUGUGUAUUAUACAGCCUGGCAUAGCACCACUCAUCACUUUCUACCAGCCAGCCCUAAGCAUUCUGUAUUAUACAGCCUGGCAUAGCACCUCUCAUCGCUUUCUACCAGCCAGCCCUAAGCAUUGUGUAUUAUACAGCCUGGCAUAGUACCACUCAUCGCUUUCUACCAUACCAGCCAGCCCUAAGCAUUGUGUAUUAUACAGCCUGGCAUAGCACCUCUCAUCGCUUUCUACCAGCCAGCCCUAAGCAUUGUGUAUUCUACAGCCUGGCAUAGCACCGUUCAUCGCUUUGUACCAUACCAGCCCUAAGCAUUGUGUAUUAUACAGCCUGGCAUAGCACCAGUCAUCGCUUUCUACCAUAGCCAGCCCUAAGCAUUGUGUAUUAUACAGCCUGGCAUAUCACCACUCAUCACUUUCUACCAGCCAGCCCUAAGCAUUGUGUAUUAUACAGCCUGGCAUAGCACCACUCAUCGCUUUCUACCAUACCAGCCUUAAGCAUUGUGUAUUAUACAGCCUGGCAUAGCACCACUCAUCAUUUUCUAUCAACCAGCCCUAAGCAUUGUGUAUAUAUUGCUUUUUUACUUGUUUUGUAGUUUUGUUUUUGUAUUUAUUAAUAUCAUCUAGUGCAGUAAUCGCCUGCUAGGGUUAACUCCUCAUCUAGUGGCUGUCUACCUGCAGAGUGACACAGGGGGUGCUGUGCGUCUGUUCCUUCACCUGCAGAGUGACAGACAGGGGGUGCUGUGCGUCUGUUCCUUCACCUGCAGAGUGACAGACAGGGGGUGCUGUGCGUCUGUUCCUUCACCUGCAGAGUGACAGACAGGGGGUGCUGUGCGUCUGUUCCUUCACCUGCAGAGUGACAGACAGGGGGUGCUGUGAGUCUGUUCCUUCACCUGCUGGGUGACAGACAGGGGGCACUGUGCAUCUGUUCCUUCACCUGCUUGGUGACCGACAGGAGGUGCUGUGCGUCUGCCCCUCCCACUGCAUUAUGACAGGAGGAAGUUCAGAAUCUGCCUCAACCCAGCUAAUCGGUCCUUUGUUAAUGACACUUUACUUUUGUCUCUUUAGGCUGGUUCUCUUUUGACAUCUGGAAUGGUCCUUUUCUCUGGUACCUUCUAUUAUCACGCUCUAACUGGGGACUCCACGUUCACCAAGGCAGCACCGUAUGGGGGCACCCUCCUGAUCUUAGGGUGGGCAGCAAUGGCUCUGUGAAGGCAUCUUGACUGAGUCUGUAGAAGAUUAUGGUUGGCUUUGAAGUGUUUUUUUCCCAGAUUGCAUAGCGUGCAGGGGCCAGCGUGAGAUUUGACAAUGAGAAGAGGCGAUAAACCUGACGCUGCACAGAAAAUGGGUAAACGCCACAAGCUGACAUCACUGCUUACAUUAAUCAUGAUGAUUAGGAAUUGAUAAAAAAAAAUGUAUACAGUCACAAUAAAUCUAAUGUACAUGUAAAUAAAUAAUUUGCAUAUAAAAUUAAAAAAAAAGAUUGUAAAGUUUGUUUGAAAUCUGCCAGUCAC